GUAUCACCACCUCCAUCGAGCACUUCAGCUGAGCAUGCGGAGGGAUGGUCCGAACGACCAACACCUCGAGCGCAAACAAGACAAGAGUUCGGAGAUCCGCGCAUGAAUUCAUGUACCAAUACUGUUGAUAGUAGGGCAGAUGCUGUUUCUGGAGAAGGAACACCCUGGCUCUCGAUAUCCCGUAUUGAGGAAAUUGACGCUCUCACAGCGGCCCUAGCGGAGUGCUGGGCUCUAUGCAAUUCAUUGGCCGUUCUCAGCACUUUACAUGGAGAAAGGCACGGAUGUUAUGUCAAUACUCAAGACGAGGCUUGGAAACUAUGCUGGCGGUUAUGUCAGGAACUCUAUGUCAGCCAGAACAACUACCACUCCUCAAAAGUCAACCCUAUUCUCGAUAUUUGUCAUGACUUUUGUCAAUCUUUGUUCGAAGCUCGUGAAAAAGAAAACGAGGUCACGGAUUCGAUUCUCCGCGUUAGUUUCGAGCUCAAUAACCAUCUCUAUAAUACGCACGAUCGAAACCUGCCAGAGGCUUUCCGGGAGAGGACUCUAGAAUUUUACAUCACACUGUGUCAUCGUCUGAUGAAGCAGAGGAGCCUAGUGUCUGAGACAGAAUCCCCUUUGGGCACGUGCUGGUCCUUUGCAGAGAUGCUUUUCACCAUGCGUCAGAAUAAAAGAGAAAACAAGAAGCCAGACGAAGACUUGCUGGGAUCGGCGAUUCAAGCUUGUUGGGAACUUUGCGAUGUUUUCAGGGAAGGUUGGGCACAGCGAAGCCAUCGAAGUUCUGACCGUGGAACACCACGGCCAAGUCAAGCAACUUUCCAGCAGGCCAUCGAGCAAGGCAAGGGGUCUCAGUUCAUUGCUUGUGACGAACUUUUGGGACAAUCUAAAAAUCCUGAGACCCCAACUACAGUUUUCGAUGAUACUGCAACCAUCUCACCAGAUGAGGCACCUCUUCAGAACAUUUUCGUCUUGGGCCAAGGCUCAAUUCAAGCAUCGCAAACUGCCUGGUCUUCGACUUCAUCAGCUGCUUCAGGACAAUCACAAUCAUCGGAGCAGACCUCAUCGACCAAAACAAUAACCACCUUAUCGGGAGGACUGAAUCUGGCGAUUAUCAAGAUACUGGUUACAAAGGCUGCAAUUAACAGCGGUUAUCAGCGUUCCGGGACACAAAGUUUCUCGUCGUUUGUCAAAUCACUGUCUUUCGACACAUUCGGCUCUACCCCUUGGCAAAUAUCACUGCUGAAGAACUAUAAAAGGCUGGUAGCAUUUGACCCAACUUUCAAAUGUGCUACUUCCCAGGCACGAGCAAGUGCCAUUGAUGUAGCGCAAGCCGUUCGGCUUGUCGCGCAGGGCGGACAAUACCCAUGGCUGUUAGAUCUUUACCGCUUGGUCUUCGGGUUCCAUACAGACGAGGCUAUCGACCGGAAGGAGAUCGUACUUCAAGUAUGAUUUGAACGCUAUAUUAGCAUCUUUCCCGCAGAUUAUUCGAUGCUGACCACUAGGGGCAUGGGUUGCACUCGUGAUUCUACUGGAGAUAACACCGACUGUAAGUUGGGCUCUUGUUCAUUCUCAUAUAGGUAAAAACUCUCAUGUCACACCGCGUGCUUAAUUCCUGCCUGAAUAGAUGGAUGGAAUCAUAGCUUCGUCUAGAUUUAGAUUGCAUUAUUUUUGGUGCAGGUAAUUAGAAGUAGUAGAGGUCGCUGGCUCAUUCGACGCCGUGCAUAUCAUUCUGGUCCUGUAAACCAAGUUCUACAUUCGCAUACUUCCCAUAUCGAUGAUUAGUGAAGCUUGAUGACAAUAAAACCAGGCAUGUUUAGAUCCACAUGGCUACAGUUAGAAACAGUCCUGGCGAUCAACUAUAUGGGCACUUGCACGGUG